AAUUCCUCAUUGUGAUUUGAGAAUAAAAUGUUUUUGCACUUACAUUUAUAUAUGAGAUUUUGUUCUUCUUUUUUCUAUAUAUACUUAUCAUUCUGUUAUAGAAAUUGUACAUGAACAAACGACAUCUAGUUACAUCAAACAUAUUUGAAAGGGAAAAUGUGGAGGUUGAAGAUUGCAGAAGGGGGCGGGAAGUGGCUGACGACAACGAACGAUCAUGUCGGAAGACAACACUGGGAAUUUGAUCCAGAAGGCGGAACUCCAGAGGAACGAGCUCAAGUUGAAAUUAUGCGACAAGAAUUCAAGAAAAACAGGUUUCGUAUCAAACAAAGUGCCGACCUCCUCAUGCGCAUGCAGUUGAGAAAGGAGAAUCCAGGCGGCGAGAUCCCAACCGCCGUAAAACUGAAAGAAGCAGAGAAAAUUACAAAAGAAGCCACCGCCACGACACUACAACGCGCCAUCAGUUUCUACUCAUCCAUCCAAGCCCACGAUGGCCACUGGCCGGCCGAGUCCACCGGCGCUCUAUUUUUCCUCCCUAUGAUGGUGAUGGCCUUGUACUUAACCGGAGGUAUCGACGAUGCCCUUUCGCCAGCGCAUCAGGUUGAGAUCAAACGGUACAUAUACAACCAUCAGAAUGAAGAUGGAGGUUGGGGUUUCCACAUAAUGGGCCCCAGCACAACAUUUGGCUCUUUGCUCAAUUAUAUAACACUGAGGUUGCUCGGGGAAGGACCGGAAGGCGGGGAGGAUGGGGCGAUGGCGAACGGCCGGAAAUGGAUUCUCGACCAUGGCGGCGCAGUCGGGAUUGCGUCGUGGGGGAAGUUCUGGCUCAGUGUGUUGGGAAUUUACGAGUGGGAUGGCUGCAAUCCGAUACCGCCGGAGUUUUGGUUGCUCCCGAAAUCGUCACCGGUUCAUCCAGGGAAAUUGUUGUGCUAUUGUAGAUUGGUGUACAUGCCAAUGUCAUAUUUAUAUGGAAAGAGAUUUGUGGGGCCGAUCACUGGAUUGAUUCAAUCUAUGAGAGAAGAGAUUUACACCGAACCGUAUCAUAAAAUCAAUUGGAACAAAGCUCGAAACACUUGCGCAAAGGAAGAUCUUUACUAUCCUCACCCAUUAGUCCAAGAUACGUUGUGGGGUUUCCUUCACCAUUUGGGAGAGCCAGUGCUGCAGCGAUGGCCGUUUUCGAAGCUAAGAGAGAAAGCAAUGGGACUUGCAAUGAAGCAUAUUCAUUACGAGGACAACAACACUAGAUACCUUUGCAUAGGAAAUGUUGAGAAGGCGUUGUGUUUGUUGGCUUGCUGGGUGGAGGAUCCCGGUUCGGAGGCGUGCAAACGCCAUCUUGCUCGUUUACCGGACUAUUUCUGGCUAGCCGAAGACGGCCUUAAAAUGCAGACGUUUGGUUGUCAAAUGUGGGACGCUGCGUUCGCAAUCCAAGCUAUUCUGUCGGCUAAUCUUUCUCAAGAAUUUGCACAAACACUGAAAAAGGCACACGGCUUUAUAAAAGCCUCGCAGGUUCGUGACAACCCGCCCGGGGAUUAUCAAGCCAUGUACCGCCACACUAGUAAAGGCGCUUGGACCUUCGCUAUACAGGACCAUGGCUGGCAAGUCUCGGACUGCACGUCCGAAGGACUCAAGUGUGCACUCCUACUAUCUAAAAUGGCUGAGGAAGAGGUGGGAAAAGGACUCGAAAUGGAGCGCAUCUACGAUGCUGUCAAUGUCAUCUUGUCUCUACAGAGCGACAAUGGCGGAUUCCCGGCAUGGGAGCCUAACGAAGCACCCAGAUGGUUGGAGAAAUUCAACCCCACGGAGUUCUUUGAAGAUACUCUGAUUGAACGAGAACAUGUGGAAUGCACGUCGUCGGCCGUACAGGCGCUAGCAAUGUUCAGAAAGAUGCACAAGGGCUACAGAAGUAAGGAGAUUGAGAUCAGCAUUGCCAGGGGAAUUCAGUACAUAGACGACGUUCAGGAGCGUGAUGGUUCUUGGACUGGUUAUUGGGGCAUAUGUUUCACCUAUGGUGCAUGGUUUGCUGUGGAAGCAUUGGCAGCAUGUGGAAAAACAUAUGACAACUCUCCCUCACUCAGAAAAGCAUGUAAAUUUCUUUUGUCUAAACAGUUGGAAGAUGGUGGAUGGGGUGAGAGUUAUCUCUCUAACAGAGACAAGGUAUACACUAAUCUUGAAGGUAACAGAUCAAACUUGGUGCAAACUUCAUGGGCUUUGUUGUCACUAAUGAAAGCUGGACAGGGUGGUAUUGAUCCGGAGCCCGUACAUCGUGGGAUAAGAUUGCUGAUAAAUUCACAAAUGGAAGAUGGGGACUUUCCCCAGCAGGGUGAUAUGACUGGAGCAUUUAUGAAAAAUUGCACUCUCAACUAUUCAUCUUAUCGGAAUAUCUUUCCAAUAUGGGCUAUUGGUGAAUAUCAUCGACUUGUUCUUGGAGCAUAGCAUAGUUAUAUUAUAUACCACACAUGAUUAAGUUACAAGUGCUAGUAAUAUUUACUAUUUCCCACAAAAUAGUUAGUAUUUGUACAGUUUGUAAUAAAUCAAUUGUCCUGGCAACGACAGCAAAUUUUAGAAUAUGAUUAGUUUUAGUAGUAUAAUGGUGCUUUUUAAUGUAUAACAUGGGGAUAUGGUUUUAUGUACACGAAAUUUUGAUAUAUAUAUGUUUUGAUUCUGCAAA